ACGUAUAUAUAAACUACCUUUCUCCAGCACCCCGCCAACACAUCUCCACCCAACCCAUCCAUCGCUAAAUCCUUACCAGCCUGCCUCUUUCCACACAUACACUCGCUCAAAUCACCAAUUAUAACUUGUAAUCAUGAAGACCCUCACCAUCGCUCUAUUCUCCCUCCUGUCCCUCGCCUACGCCGGCGAACCCGUGUGCCAACAAUGCGACUACCGCCCUGGCUACAAUCUCUGCGACAUCACAACUUCCUGCACGUUUGUGUGGGGCCAUGAUGAUCCGAGCACGCCUGCUCCGUAUUACUGUGCUUGCAGGGCUGGAUAUCGCGCAGACAACUGUGAUGCUGGCGACACGACCAAGCAGUUCCGUCUCCCCUGGUAUGGAACUCCUGGUGGCGACCCGAGUCAGCAGGGUAGGGUGUUUGUCAAGCCUGGUCUGUCGUGUAAUACGCUUUGUGAUGAUUACACGCUUGGCAAGGACGGAUGCAAGGCUGUCCAGGAGUUGGAUUCGUGUUUGUAG